CUCUUCAUCUUUUGUUUUGGUUUGGCAAUGGCAAUGGCUCGUCCUUUGCUCUUGCUAGCUUGUGCUUUUGCUUUUCUGGCUUCUUCACUCUCCUUUGCUGCAAUUGUGGAGCAUACUUUUCAUGUGCAAAACUUGACUGUUCAACUAUUGUGCCACCAGCGAGUCAUUAUUGCAGUAAAUGGAAACCUUCCCGGCCCAAGAAUACAAGUUCACGAGGGUGACACGCUCGUUGGUCAUGUUUUUAACAAAUCUCCCUACAAUCUUACCAUUCACUGGUAAUAUAGCUUUUCACAAAUUAGACAAGGUGUGAUAGUAUUUUGUUAUUUUAUCGCAAUUGAGUAUGAUAGUUACUGAAACUUUACACCAAAUAAUUUAUAUCUAGAUCUUCUUCAUUAUCACCCACCCCUUUGAAGAUGUACCUUGACUUCUCAUUUAUU